AUGAUUGCUGAUGCUGAAAAAUAUAGAAAAGAAGAUGAAAUACAACAUGAAUGUAUAUUAGCGAAAAAUUCACUAGAAUCAUAUUGUUUUAAUAUGAAAGCAACAAUUAGUGAUAAAAAAUUAACAGAUAAAAUGGAGGUGCAUGACAAGAAGAAAAUGAUCGAUACCAUUGAAGACACAAUAAAAUGGUUGGAAAUAAAUCAAUUUGCGAUAAAAGAAGAAUUUGAAUAUAAAUUAAAAGAAGUUGAAAAACUCUGUUCAUCAAUAAUGAGAAAACUUUAG